CUCCUUUAGGCGCAAAACAAUCUCGGACUGCCCAUCGAUUGCGAACCGCGGCGGGCGAUUGGAGGAGACCGAACCCACAAGUGUGAGUUUGAUUUUCAUCUGCAACUGGCACGCGGAGUAUGUCCCAAGGCAAAGUCAUGGCGAUGAGAAAGGGAAGCACCGGCGAACUGGCGCGCAAGCCCAACGGCGUGGUGGUGAACCUGCCGCCCGUGGUCAAGAAGUCCAGCAAGAGUCGCUCCUUUCACUUUCGCUACAUGGAACUCUGCCGGGCAAAGAAUUUGACUCCAGUUCCGGAAAUACGUAGCAAGUCCAAUACAACCACUUUUCUUGAGCUCUGCGGCGACAAGUUGGCAGUCAGCGACUGGCUGCUGCUAACCGAGGCACUGCACUACGACCUGGUGCUUCAGCAACUCACGGUGCGUCUACGACGCACCUAUCCCCAAACCAACAUUGAUUCCAUUGACACGGAGAAACGAGCUCGGCUUUUCCGCCAGCGCCCCGUCAUAUACACAAGAUUCAUCUUUCACAGCUUAGUUCAGGCCAUUGCAAACUGCGUCGCCAGCAACAAGAAUUUAAGUGUUUUGAAGCUGGAGGGUCUGCCACUGCAGGACAGCUACAUCGAGACUAUAGCCAAGUCCCUUGCCGACAAUGAGUGCCUGGAGACCGUGAGCUUCCGCAAGUCCAACAUCGGCGACCGAGGAUGCGAGGUGGUCUGCAACACGGCCAAGUAUCUGAACCGCAUUGAGACCUUUGAUCUCUCCGAGUGCGGACUAACCUCCAAGGGGGCCGAGCACGUGGCCGAAAUGAUUAAGAUGCAAAAGAUCACGCGCUUUACCGAGGGGUGGGAGAAGUCCCUGCGCUAUCGCAGCGUUGAUGUCAACACUAUAUCCGGAUUGCGUGUCAUCCUGCUGGCCAAUAAUCCGGAGAUCGGAGACGACGGCGUUCGCCUUAUCGCUGAGGUCCUGAAGGAGGAUGCAUGGAUUAAAACUGUUGACAUGGAGAACUGCGGCCUUACGGACAUUGGGGCUAAUUUAAUACUAGAUUGCCUGGAGCUAAACACUGCCAUCACGGAGUUCAAUACCCGCAACAAUGAGGGCAUCAGCAAGUUUUUGCAGCGCAGCAUCCGAGACCACUUUGGAGAGCCCGCCGAGGAGAAGCAGGAGCCGGAAUUCGACCUUAGCUUUGCGAACGGACUGCAGAGCUUGCCCAAGAACAAGAAGGUCACUCUGUCCCAGCUGCUGAGUCAUGCCAAGGCUCUCGAGGAGCAGUUAUCCUUCGAGAGGACUCUGCGCAAGAAGGCGGAGAAGCUGAACGAGAAGCUACUGCAUUCGCUGAUGAGCUCCUCCGAUGCUGGAAAUAUGUCACAAGAGAAGAACUCGGACAGCGGAUCACUCCAACAGCAGAGCAACUACGGCGCCAGGAAUGAUGAUGUUGUUAAGAAUUCCCAGAGCUACCGCCAGACGCACUUCAACAGGCUGGUCAACAGCGCAGUCACUAGUCCGGAGAACUCGCCACGGAGCGAUAUAGCCACGCUGCGCAAGGAGCAGCAACUGCAACAGAUGCAACAACAGCAAUUGCAAUUGCAAUUGCAGCAGCAGCAACAGAUGCAGCUGAAUCAAUUGCAGCUGCAGCAACAGCAAUCUCCCCACCUGCAGAUGCAGCAUUCGCCACCGGAGCCUCAGACACUGAGAACUCUGCGGGAAGAGCCAGUGGAGGAGGAGGACAUCGAACAACUGGAAUACAACCAGUCCGAGCUGGACCAGUUGCCCGAAAUGCAACAGCAACGCAAGCCUCUGAAGGUGCGCAAGGUUCGCAGCGAGAUGAAGUACGUGGAAGCUAAUCUUAAGGAUCAAGCCAAGAACCGCGAGUCCAAGUCAGACCACGAGUUCGCCAACGAGCGUGAUUUCAAUCUUAAUCCUGCCGUAAAGUUUGAAACAGACAUUGGGGAUAGUGUAAAGGUAAAUUCCGGCAGGCGUCACGAUGGCGAGGGCAACCCGGAUUAUCCUGGAUACAACUACGAGCAAGAGCAUCAGCAUGUGAAACGAGAUCGGGGCCACGAGAACGGCUACGUGGGUGACGGCGGCCGGAAGCCCAUGAGCCUAGGUGAGGCUCUGAAGCGUUGUGGGGCAGGUGGGGGAUCCGGAGACGGUCAUGUGGCUCAGUAUGUCAGCAGCCUGGAGAGCAAGGCAAGCAACAGCGGCAAUAAAUCGGGAAGGCAGCGUUACAAAGCGAAGCAGGAAGAGCUUCGCAUGGAGUCGUACAUGGCCACCUACGAGGAGUGCUCCUCCACGGACGAUACCACGGUGGACAACUCGGAAUCUGAGGCGGAGAAUACCGAGUCUACAUUGCGUGCCAGUGCGAGCUCGCGGUCAAGCAAGUAUUCCUCUAUGCAGGUAUUUAUGCGGCGAAAGCAUUCAGAGUCGUUCUCCACGGAGGACGACUGCGCCGAAGACGAGGAUGAAGCCACUGCGGGUCAAGGAGAUGCAGGAGACGGUGAUGGCGGGGGUGGAGGCGAUACUGGGGGCGAAAAGUUCCCUUCGCCUCGAGAAGUUUACCUGGCGUUGCAGCGCAAGAAGAGGGAGCAGAACUCAUAGUUGUCCUGUUCCACAAAAACGGCAACCAAGCCAAAUUUCAUUCGCAGCAGCAGGAGGAGCAGCAGCACCUCUGCCCAACAUCAAUACCGAUAACUCUAACAGUGCAAACGGACGUUCAAUAGGGUCACCCCCACUUGGAGAGCUAAAUUUCAAGUUGUACUUUCGGGAAGUACACGGGGGGAAACUCUUUGCAAGUGCUCUGCUACCUUCUGCAAUUUUCCAAGCUGCGCAAAAAUGUACAAAAAAAUAUAUUGAGCAUUGUAUUACCAUUAAAGAUUUCGUCAUUAUUGUGCUCUA